AUGAUUAUUUUUCCAGUAGAAAUAUGGCUUAUGAUAUUAAAAUUAACGGAUAAAACUACUCUAUGGAAGCUUCGUGUGGUUAGUAAACGAAUGUAUGGUCUGACUGGUAUUGCCUUUAAACUCCAAUUUUCUAGCAUCAUUUUAAAAAACGACACUCUACUCUAUGCAGCAGCACAACUUCCAACGCGACCUUCAUCGCUACAGUUUACAAUGAACCUCACUGCUGCAUGUUUCCAAUCGCCAGUGUCGUAUACUUUUGUGCCAACACACAUUUCCAAAUGUGGUAGAUUAUUGCUGCGUACCUGCGCUGCAAUGAAACCAGUGCCACUUGUAGGAUUUCGAGGAUUUGGAGCAUUGCUGGCUUGCGUGUGCGUUAAGCUUGAUCCAGAUCAUACUCAAAAUGCCAGUAAUGGUAGUGACAGAGUCAGAUGCAUAACCGAUUAUUAUAAAAAUAUUACUGCAUUUCGACCAGCACAAUCAUCUACUUCUAGUGUUUCAUUCCCGCUUACUAGAUCACCCAUUUCAUCAGAUAUGGGCACUGUGUCCCAUGGUCUAUCUGAAAUAUCGAUGACUUCCCCAUCUACACCGUUAAACGAAUCAACUAGUCCAAAUGUUACCAUCUCAACGUCUACUCAGAUCGAAUCACAGUCCUUGGCUAUUGCGCUUCCUUACCAAUCUGAAUUUAAAAGAAUUGCAGCAUUUCUUCAAGCAGGAUGGUCAAAUCUAGGCACAUUGAUUCCAGCCUCUCUUCUUCCAGCUUACAGUACUCUUUUUCGUCACGUCUUUUCAACGUACACCAGUGUGUUUGAUCGCCCCAAUCUUAAUAUGGAUUUGAGUUUACAAAUGGCAUUGUUGUCUCAAACAUGGCGAGUCAUUGAUGUUUUAGCUCCACCUGGUGGUCGAGACGUGAGACUUUGUCGUGACGAUAGAUGCUGUCCAUCGGCGCUCUGUGCAACGGUGCAAUGCUCGUCAUGGGACGUGCAAGUGGAUGAUUUAUGUGACACGUUGGACGAGUUGGGACUAGAAGAAUCAAAUAUAGCUGGAUCCACCGCGGUAAACACUCCCAUGACUGCAGUAUUGGAUGAAACACAUGUAAAAACUCAAGCAAGCAUACCAUCAAACGAUGGCGAAGAUGAGCUUACAUCCACACUAUCCAUUGAAUCUGAUUCAAUAUCCAAUAUAGCUUCAAGUCCAUCAACAGCUGCAACUCCACAACUCCAGCCAGUAGAUUUCAAUCCUGAAGAGUCAAACCCAUGUACACUAUCCAAUUACAUCCAUGAGCACAAACUUGCUCCACAGCUGCAUAUGGAUCUCUCCAUUAGCAAGGCUGUAUAUGUUUCGCGUCGUCCACUAUGCAAAAGUACAUUGGGCGGACUGGAUCUUGUACAUUACAUGUUUGAUCUUACCAACAACUCCAUUUUAACUCUUGUGUGUUUGGCGCACAAUGGACAAGGUGAGCACGAUAGUGUUGUAGAUAUCAUGUUGGAUGUUACGCCCAAAUGGAUAGCUGAAGCACCCGUCCAGAAUGGAGGUGGGCUGGAUACAGAUAUCGCGAGAUUGUUUGAUAGAUAUCGUGCUGGUGGAAAAAGAAGCUGGACGUCGGGUAGAGACUCGAUCAACCAGCACCAAGCUGAAGAGUUGGACAUGGAUGCUAUAUGA